AUGGAUGUUGAAAGUUACAUUAACUAUCCUGAAGAAAAUAUAACAGAUAAAUCAAUUGAUGAUGAGAAGAUAGUAAAUCUUACAAGGCAUUCAGAUAAUCUCACCAUUGUUGAAGAACCAGAUGAUAGUUGCAUUUUCAAAGUCAUUAAAAAAGUGAGAAGUCUUCGAACUGCUUCACUACGACAAACUAACCUUGAGUUAUUUUUUGCUCAAGAUCCUGCUAAAAAUAAUACUGUCGAGAUUGAAUAUGAUUAUCUAACUGAUAUUGCCAUGUUUGAAGCUGACGAAGAUACUGAAAUGGAAGAUCUUGAAUCAGAUACAGCUAAAAAUAAUGAAGUAUAA